UCAGUGCUCACCGCCUCAUGUGUGCGGGCUGCCGGCUUGUGUGACAACAAAUGGUCGCGGGAUGCGCGAGUGCAAUCCGGCUGUCCGAUCGAGAGGACUUCUUCGCCUCCUCCUGCACCGUCCACGCACCCCCAACGUUCCAUCGCUCCGGGAUCAGAAUGGAAGAGCCCUUGUGACAGCACCACGGACAGACCCACGCUGAGACCGAGCAUGGCCGUGGACGCGGCGUCCAGCUUCAGCUUUUGCCGCGCCUCCCUGGAGCACACGUUGUCGGCUGAAGAGCUGAGCUACCAACUGCCACGUCGGUCCGGGGGCAGCAACCUGACCUGGCAUGACGGCCGUGGCGAGAAGACAGCUCACACGCGCACCGUCAAACUGCUGCAGCAGCCUGGCACAGAGGGCAUCCAGGUGCAUCCAGGUGAAGCCUUCACUGUGUUCCACACCAGCCCCACGUUGUCCAGUCUGUCCAAACCCGUGGUGCUGUGGACUCAGCAGGACGUCUGCAAGUGGCUUAAGAAACACUGUCCUCACAACUACCUGACCUAUGUUGAAGCCUUCUCUCAUCACGCCAUCACAGGGCGAGCCUUGCUGCGUUUGAACGGGGAGAAGCUCCAGAGAAUGGGAAUCGUCCAGGACACCCUAAGACAGGAAGUCCUCCAACAAGUCCUCCAGCUUCAGGUUCGAGAAGAAGUCCGCAAUCUUCAGCUUCUCAGUCGGACCUCCUUUGGAAACUUCUCUUAGCUCAUCGUGUGGUCCAUUUGGCAACCCUUGUCCUCAGCCCCUGUCAGAAAAACUCCAUGGAGAUAGAUGCUUCUGUCUUCACAUUUGCAAUGGAGAAUUAAGCCUAGGAAAAGCCUGUUGACUACACGCCAACCAGUCUGCUGGAUUCUCAUUCAACGCUGGUUUACCAGACCUCCGGGUGAGAGACAAAGCCUCGCUCAAGGCCGGAAUACCAACUGUAGCAUAGCGAUAACAAGGUGAUCAUCUGAAAUCGUCUGGUUUCGAUCGAAGUAGCAAAUCCAUCCUUGUUAGUGGGAUUGAUAGAUACACAAGAUCCAUUACAAGAGUUGGAUCAAAAUGUCUGCUUUUACAAAGUUAAUGAUAACAAUAAUUGUAUUUGACAGUUUCAAUUAAAACAGAGCAUUAUUUUGAAAUCGAAAUGGUGGGGUAGUCAAGGUUGUAGUUUAACUUUAAGUUUAACUUUUUUUUUUACAUAAAUUUUAACUUUUGAAACAAAGGGUGUUGAGACCAUAGUUGAAAUGAUGUGUGUAUAUGUACUAUAUGAUAACUUUACACAAACAACAGUGCAUUUUCCUCUCAGGAUUUGAGAUCGCUGGUGGAUGACUAAUAGUAGAUAUCAUCAGACGUUUUAUAUUGUGAUUGAAUUAGACUAGAUUGACUAUGUAGCGAGACACUAUAUACUACAGCACGUUUGAGGAUUGUAAAAUAACAUGCACUGUAAGCAAGUGCAUUCUCACAGAAGCUUGUGCUUAUUUCUAUGGGACAAAUCCCAAGGGCAGGCAAGUAUAAUGUGAUGAUCUCGUUGUCUACGCUUGAUCAAGCAAUAAUUUAAAUGUAAUUACACAAUGAGGACUAGCUGUUAGGGCUAAGUAAGAUACAUUGAAAUGCGUUAUUUUGCAGAAUGAUGUUUAUACGUUUGCCUGUUAUAGAGGCAGCAUUUAACUGCCUUGCAGUGUUGUUCAAGAACGUUACUGGAAGUCAUUUCCCUCUCGAAGAAAAGGACAAACCCGGCGGAUACAGUCAAACGUGCACCUGUCACUCUUACCAUCCCAUAAAAAACACAACAGCUUGUUUACGUUGCAAAAACUAAGAAUUUGCUGUCUCGUGAUUUUGUCACUCUAAGUGGUCUGUACCUCAGAGCGUUUGCAGAUUAUGUAAAUGUCAACAUUUAAUGGACAGUUGUCAAGCCACUGUGAUGCUGUCUAUGGAGUGGGAAUAAAAGAGACAUUUGAACAAACAAAUCAAUAAAGAAGACAUAACUAGACA